GCAUUGGAGUAGAAGUCGGAGUUUUGUCUCUUUCAAUCUCCCAUCGCAAGAUUUUGAGGCUCCAGAGGAACCGAGACCAUCUCCUCUAUCUUCGGGGCUUCUUGCUGCUCUUCCAUCUCAUCUUCACGUUUCUCAUUUCUCACUUCUCAUUUCGCCGCAUUCCAUGGCAGCUUCCACUUCCAAUGCCGUUCUUCUCGGAGAUGUCUACUUCGACGAAGUCUCCGCCAAGCCCUCCGGCGUUCGCUUCCGGGACAGGACGCGCCGCGCCGCUUUGCGAGCUACCGUCAAUCUCACAAGAUUGCAACCCUUGAACAGUCUCUUGAACUUCGGCUGCUCCACCUCCGAUGCAACUUGGAGGAGUUGGAAUCCGAGCUCGCUCCUUGUUGGAACCAAGCGCUCCUCCUCUCCUUGCUGCUCCGCCGAUACAACGCCUCAUGUUCAACACCUUUCGUCCUCCACAUUUUCACUCGACCAAACAAAUUUUGGUCCUGAGAAGUUGAAGUUGUUUUCCGGGUCAUGUUACCUACCACAUCCGGAUAAGGAGGACUAUGGUGGAGAGGAUGCACAUUUUAUUUGCGUAGAUGAACAAGCGAUUGGUGUUGCAGAUGGUGUAGGUGGCUGGGCAGACGUUGGUGUUAAUGCUGGACUUUUUGCUCAAGAACUGAUGUCCCAUUCUGUUAGAGCAGUUGAAGAGGAACCAAAAGGUUCUGUUGAUCCCGCAAGUGUUUUAGAGAAGGCUCACUCAUUUACGAAGGCCAAGGGUUCAUCAACGGCUUGUAUCAUUGCCCUUACUGAUACGGGACUGCAUGCCAUUAAUUUAGGUGACAGUGGGUUCAUUGUGAUUAGAGAUGGAUGCACCAUUUUCAGGUCCCCUGUUCAACAGCAUGACUUCAAUUUUACGUACCAACUGGAGAGUGGCAAUGGAUGUGAUCUACCCAGCUCUGGUGAGGUAUUCAAAAUAUCUGUUGCACCAGGAGAUGUUGUCGUUGCUGGAACCGAUGGAUUGUUUGACAAUCUGUACAAUGAUGAGGUUGCUGAAGUUGUUUUGAAUGCAGUUAGAGCUGGACUAGAACCCCAAGUAACUGCUCAGAAGAUAGCAGCACUGGCUCGUCAGCGAGCACUGGACAGGAAUAGACAGACACCAUUUGCUACUGCAGCCCAGGAGGCUGGGUUCCAUUAUUAUGGUGGGAAGCUUGAUGACAUAACAGUUAUUGUGUCAUACAUAACCGGCUCAACAUAUUUAGGAAUGGUGACAAUGUCAAAAUGGAGGUUGAUUUCUGAGGGUUGUCUUUUGUAGAGGUUGAUGGUGUUCUUUUCUGAUUAGUUUGAUUGUAAAAUGGUUUGUUUCCUGAAAAUAACCGCAUUUAAGAUGGUUGGUGAGGUUGAUUGUGGCUUACAACGGGAGGACUUGAUAGUGUGUAUUGGUGUGUAUGGCACGGAUUAUGAAAACCAAACUUUGCAUAUCACUUUUGUUGAUCAACUCAACAAUAUCAGUACAUGAGAAAGCCAUUUAUAAGGCUGGAGAUACAAAAAAGAGAAGAAAAGCUAACGGUAUUAACAGAAGAAAAGCCAACUGGCUGAACAGAAAAACUGUGUAUUUCUAACUGUAAUAGUGUGUAAAGAGACACAGCAGCGGUCUGUAUUUUAGUUGAGUUUCUGCUAUUUGAGGUUUAGGUUUUAUUC